AUGGUGCUACGCCGCGGCCCAAAACGCAAGUGCGAGCCAAACGCAAGUGCGAGACAAACGCAAGUGCGAGACAAACGCAAGUGCGAGACAAACGCAAGUGCGAGACAAACGCAAGUGCGAGACAAACGCAAGUGCGAGACAAACGCAAGUGCGAGACAAACGCAAGUGCGAGACAAACGCAAGUGCGAGACCAAACGCAAGUGCGAGACCAAACGCAAGUGCGAGACCAAACGCAAGUGCGAGACCAAACGCAAGUGCGAGACCAAACGCAAGUGCGAGACCAAACGCAAGUGCGAGACCAAACGCAAGUGCGAGACCAAACGCAAGUGCGAGACCAAACGCAAGUGCGAGACCAAACGCAAGUGCGAGACCAAACGCAAGUGCGAGACCAAACGCAAGUGCGAGACCAAACGCAAGUGCGAGACCAAACGCAAGUGCGAGACCAAACGCAAGUGCGAGACCAAACGCAGGUGCGAGACCAAACGCAGGUGCGAGACCAAACGCAGGUGCGAGACCAAACGCAGGUGCGAGACCAAACGCAGGUGCGAGACCAAACGCAGGUGCGAGACCAAACGCAGGUGCGAGACCAAACGCAGGUGCAUCUCACGCUGCGUCUACCGCUGCGGAUUAACGCCGCGCCCUAAUACUGCUGCUGGCGCCACUGCUAACCCUACGUGCGCCAACGCCACUAACCCCAACGCUCUCCGCUGA